AAUGAAGAUCGCACUAAUGGUCUUGGUGAUGGUAAUUUUCCCUCAAAUAUUCGACCCAGGUGAGUUCUGUGCCACAUUUGUUGAUCCACGUGUUCUGUUCUCGUUGGUCAAAAAUGAGGGUUUUGAUUCUAAAAGGGUUAUAGUUAGGGAACUGUAUAGUAUUCAAAAUGUAUAAAAUGAAACUUUUCAGAGGCGUUGCUACAGGAUGUGUACGAACAAACGCAUGGUUACGUUCCACUUUUUAUCGAUCAUUUAUUGAGAGUGUGACACCUCAUACUCAUGGCAUUAAGGUGAUGUGUUACCCGAGACGACUCGCAAAGGGCGGUUUUUAGCGCAACACAGCGUUCCAACAUUGUUGCAACAUAGUUUCGAAUGAUAACAACAUUGCUCUAACAUUACAACGCUGUGUUGCUCUAAAAAUCGUCGUUGCGAAUCGUCCCAUGUAACAUCACCUUUAAAAGCUGGCGCCAAACUUUAAAAGUCAGAAACAAUCCUCCCAAACCGUAAAUUAAAUAUUCUGAGAAAACGUCAGGGAAAAUAUCAUAUAAAACAGUUAUAAAUAUUCUGAGAAUACGUUAGGAAAAAGCGCUUACAGUUUUGAAUCUAAGCAGCAUUGGUAUGUAAAGUAAAAGCAGAAACUCAUAAGGGGUUGAAACGUGUAAGUCGUGAUCAAUGCUCGUGAAUAUCAUUCUUCUCUAAGACCAUAUUUGGAAACCCUAGCUGUGGCCUCAAAAGAGUAAUAGGUUUAACAUCAACUUUGCACGUGCAUCACGCUUUUUUGUACAUUUCUUUGCUGUCACAAUGCGUCACUGCAGGACUACGACGUGAAACCCCAGACUGCCUAAUUUCACGUUCAGUCAAAAGCGAAAACAAAAGGCAACGACUUUCUUUUUCUUUUCUUGAACUUCGGUACAGUUCUUUCAGUUAGAACUCAACUUGGGAGAAAUUUGCUAUAAGUCAGGUCGAUCUUGUCUUCUCGUUCCAAAUAUGAUACUUUUGAAAAUGAAUAUUUACGAGCAUCGCACAAAGCGAACAUAUGAGUUACACGUUUCAACCCCUUAUGAGUUUCUGGUAAUAGAUAAUAAACGAUGUGUAAUUUCUAACUGUUCUGACAACUGACAAGGCAUCAUAUUUCCUCAUCAGUUUCGUCCCUGCAGUGUCACGUGUGUAUCAGCUCGCUUUCCUGGAAGGACUGUGCCGAGUCACAGGAUCCUUUAACUUGUGCGUCUGCGGGGGACCAGUACUGCUACUAUCACAGUAUUCAAACAAACGUGGGCGGCUACGAAAUGAAAGCAUUCGCUAAGGGAUGUGCCUCAUCUGAUAAAUGCAGUCCAGAAGCCAUUACGUCAUGUAAAAACAGCCAAAUUCAACAUCAACAAAUGGGAAUCAACAGUGUGAAGUGCUAUCUCGGUUGCUGUCAGGGCGAUUUGUGCAAUUAA